UAUGCUGAAGGAAAGGCAGGUGUCUCCUACACAACAAUUCCUUCCCUAAUAGAUGUAAGUGGUGACCAGGUUUUUUAUCCUGCAAUCAUGGCUUCUUCCUCUGUUUGUGCCCCUUCAUCCAACAUUACAUUGUCUGACUCUGCACAAGAAGCCUCCGAGCCGAGCUCUUCUCCAAAACCCCAGUCAAGCCUGUUUCAAAGUUGUGAGGGUCCUGAAGAACAAUCAGCCGAGGUCUUAACACCUCAGAACAGAAAUGCCACAGACGAUGGCAGCCUCCCAUUUCAUACCCCCACUUCCACUUUAGAUGUGCCCACAAGUUCAGUCACUGGACCUCCAUGUCCUGAGAACAGCCGCCGGUCCCUCAUGGACUCCAGCGUCAGCACUGCAGAAGACACAUUAAUGGAUCUAUGCAGGUUUGAGUUUUCAGGAUUGAAAAGCCAGUUAGGAGAAAACCACGACGCCCCAGAGGAAAAGGUGCCACCGGUCACAGCUAGCCCCCCCUCAGCCACAGACACUAUGCCAGCUUCUUCUCUCCUCCCCUUCCAGAGAAGUGGAGAAUCCAGCGUCUUAUCGUGUUCUCGCAGCAUGCCCUCACUGAGUGAAACUCCCUCCACAAGGAACAGGAAACAUACACAUCGGAAGCGAUCUCAGAGUUUACCUGAUGUCACAUCACAGGACAGCUUUAAGAGGUUCACGCCUGAGAUCUCUGAUGAUGAAAACAGUGAAAUCUACAGGUUCCAGUGCACCAGUCCAGGCCUGUACCAGUGCAGUGUGACAGGCCUGGUGUUUAACAUGAAGGGAGAAGGGGAUGUGACUUACAGGAUCGUCCACUGGGACCGGAGGCUGCUCGCCCAGCAUCACAAGAAGCCUGCAGGACCGCUGUUUGACAUCAGAUGCCAGCAGCAGUCUGUCUGCCAGCUUCAUCUCCCACAUUGUGAGAUCAGAUCUACAGGUGCAUGUCAGUUCUUGUCAGUGGCUCAUGUGACCGACGAGGGCACUGAUUUCAUCCUUCCACAUGAGAUAACAGAAACUCAUGCUGUUAUCGAGAUCACUGGAUUUUCUAAGUAUGGUAUUGUCAAGGAAGAAGACUCACCGCCCGGUCCGAUCAGGGCGGUGGUGCUGCUGUUCUACAUUCCUCCAGUUGAUCCUGAUCCUACAUCCUUCCUCCAUGUGUUGUUGCUUCCUGGAAACAUUGUGAUCAGGGACGUGCAGUACAAAAGGAGGGAAAGAAAUGCAGAUGAGAGGUACAUAGAGACACCACCUCACUGUAAACUACAGCCAAAUCAGGAGUACAUGCUGUCCACGUCUCCUGAGGAUGAAUCAGUUCUAAUACAACCAAAGAAGCAAGAAUUUGACAAUGAAAUCAAUGAUAACUACUUCACUACUUUUGAAGUGGUCUUACAUCAAAUCAUGAAAAAUAUUAAUCUGCUUCUGAGAGAGAGUAACAGCUCCCACUGUGUAUGGGAAAGACAAGUUAGUCUCUCAUCAGCUACUGUAAGAAAGCCCCUGGUUCAGAGAGUUGUGGGUCUCCAUCCAGACAAACAUUUGCUCUCUAUACGUAAAGCCUUCAUCGACAGAGUAUCAGGACCUGUGCUCCAAAGUCUGCUGGACAGGCUUUUAGAGAAACAGGUGAUAAAUGACUCUGAGAAGGAGGCAGCAGAUGCAAAGCAAAGUAAACAUAAAAUGGCCAGUUUUGUCAUCGACAUGGUGAGGAAGAAAGGGGAGCGUGCUAGUUCACAGAUGAUCACAUUUCUCCGUAAGGAAGACAAGUACCUCUCUGAAAGCCUUGGGUUGAUGGUGAAAACAAAACUAACCAAAUAG